UGCUAGCGAUUGAGAACCAUGUCUGACAAUGGAGAGCUGGAAGACAAGCCACCAGCGCCUCCUGUCCGGAUGACCAGCGUUAUCUUCAGCUCAGGGGGCAAAGACCAUUUUUUUGCCAACCACAGCUUGAAACCCCUGCCCUCUGUACCAGAAGAGAGAAAACCUAGGUAUAAAAUCAUCUCCAUAUUCACCAGCACUGAAAAAGGAAGCAAGAAAAAGGAAAAGGAAAGGCCUGAAAUCUCCCCUCCCUCAGAUUUUGAGCAUACCAUCCAUGUUGGCUUCGAUGCAGUUACUGGAGAAUUUACUGGAAUGCCAGAGCAAUGGGCUCGCUUGCUACAGACCUCAAAUAUCACCAAGUUAGAACAGAAGAAAAAUCCCCAGGCGGUACUAGAUGUGCUGAAGUUCUACGACUCCAAAGACACAGCAAAACAGAAGUAUCUGAGUUUCUCUGCUCCAGAAAAAGAUGGUUUCCCUUCAGGAACACCAACGACGAAUGCCAAAGGUUCAGAGCCAUCAGUGGCUGUAGCUGAUGAGGAUGAUGAUGAAGAUGACGAAGAGGUUCCUCCUCCUGUUAUUGCUCCACGGCCAGAUCACACAAAAUCGAUUUAUACGCGGUCUGUGAUCGACCCCAUCCCUGCGCCAGCUGGUGACACGACUGUCGACCACGCAACCAAAUCAGGGGAUAAGCAGAAAAAGAAGACCAAAAUGUCAGAUGAGGAGAUCAUGGAAAAACUACGUACUAUUGUGAGCAUAGGCGAUCCCAAGAAAAAAUACACCAGAUAUGAAAAAAUUGGGCAGGGGGCUUCAGGGACAGUUUUCACGGCUAUUGAUGUGGCAACAGGACAGGAGGUUGCUAUCAAACAGAUAAAUCUACAGAAACAGCCCAAGAAGGAGUUGAUUAUCAAUGAAAUCUUGGUCAUGAAGGAGCUAAAGAACCCCAACAUAGUCAACUUCCUGGACAGUUACCUUGUAGGAGAUGAGUUGUUUGUGGUGAUGGAAUAUCUAGCUGGAGGCUCCCUAACAGAUGUGGUCACAGAAACAUGCAUGGAUGAAGCACAAAUCGCUGCUGUUUGCAGAGAGUGCUUGCAAGCACUUGAAUUCCUACAUGCCAACCAGGUCAUCCACAGAGACAUUAAGAGUGACAACGUGCUGUUAGGAAUGGACGGAUCCGUUAAACUCACCGACUUUGGUUUCUGCGCUCAGAUCACCCCGGAGCAGAGCAAACGCAGCACUAUGGUUGGGACUCCGUACUGGAUGGCUCCCGAAGUGGUCACACGGAAAGCCUACGGCCCCAAAGUGGAUAUCUGGUCUCUGGGAAUCAUGGCUAUCGAGAUGGUGGAAGGAGAACCCCCAUACCUCAAUGAAAACCCCCUGCGGGCUUUAUAUUUGAUAGCAACUAAUGGCACGCCGGAACUGCAAAAUCCUGAGAAACUGUCACCAAUAUUCCGGGAUUUCUUAAACAGAUGUUUGGAGAUGGAUGUAGAAAAAAGAGGAUCAGCCAAAGAACUGUUGCAGCAUCCCUUCUUGAAACUGGCCAAACCUCUGUCUAGCUUGACACCACUGAUCCUAGCAGCCAAAGAAGCGAUGAAGAGUAACCGCUAACAUUAUUGCCAUGGCCUCCAUCUUUUUGUGGUGUUUUUGUUUUGUUUGUUUGUUUGUUUUUUUACAAAUCUUUAUAAUAUAUGAAAU